GCAAACUUAGUUUACUCUUUUCCAACUAUGCCGAUGUGGCUUCUGUAAAGGGCUUUUGAAGCAGAAGAGAAAGGGAAAUAAUAGACAUGACAGUAAUCCUUUUGUCUUUUCUUUGGUUCUGCAGCUAUGUUUUGGCAGAAGAGAAUGAGAGGUUGCCAAAUAAAUGUGAAGUGUGUAAGUUCCUGACAGUGGAACUGCAGGCUUCCCUAGAGAAAAGCGGCCGCUCCAAGGAAGUCCUGGAGCUCGGGGAGGUGCUGGACACCGGGAAACGCAGGCGCAAAAUCAAAUACAACACCUCUGAGACUCGUCUGACAGAGGCGGUAGACAACAUCUGUGAGGGCAUCCUGCAGUACAGCGUCCAUGCCGAGAGACCUGGCAGCCUGCGAUACGCCAAGGGCACCAGUCAGACCAUGUCAACGCUGAAGAACCUGGUGAACAAGGGUGUGAAGGUGGAGCUGGGACUGCCCUAUGAGCUCUGGGACGAGCCCUCUGUGGAGGUGUCGGACAUGAAGAAGCAGUGUGAGACCAUGCUGGAGCAGUUUGAGGAGGUGGUAGAGGACUGGUACUUCCACCACCAGGAAGAACGACUGGAACGCUUUCUGUGUGAAAACUACGUGCUCAACGACUCCGAGCAAGACUGUCUGAAGGAGGUGUGGAAGGGGGAUAUGGGUAUGAAGGGAGCAGGUGGAGAGGCAAAGAGUGAGGGAGGAGGAGACGAAGGCAACACACAUGAUGCUGGAGAACUGUGAAACCAUCCAAAAUGGCAGACAAACGCUCCUGCAACAGAACUGAACUGCACAGCAGAAGAACCUCAGUCUUUGACUGCAUAGCCAAUGUUGAGGUCUUUGGAACGGGAAACAUUUACAACACUACAUCCAGUAGCAACAAUAUGCCGUCCAUCUGAUGGAUUAUAGCUUCAAUCGUCAGCCUAUCCUGCCACUUGGAGACCCACAAGAGCGUACCAAGUCUUCCAGAAUGUUUCAUGCUUUCAGACUACACAGCAUGAUGACUGUCCCCUUUCAACAACCGUAUGUUAGCCCACGAGGCCAUCUAGUGGUGAAUGUGUGCUGCUGCAUCUAAUUACAGAAUGACUUCACAUAGAAAGACAUUCGUCAUAGACAUUGUUACAUACACUCCUGAUGUUUCAGGACGGUGCCUUAUAAAUGUCAGUGUUAUUGUUUGACGUCAGGGAGGAUUGUCCUCCAAAUCCAUCCCAUAAUACUUUUCCCAGCAGGUCAAGGAAGACGCGUGAGAAACAUUGCUGAUGAAAUCUACCUGUUUUUACAUAUAAGCAUAAACUGUUUUGAUGUUUAUCUUUUAUUGUACAGUACAUAUUUUCACCUGAACCAUGGUUUCCAAAAAUGCAAUAUGUACAUUUUUUAUGUUGAAUAAACUCAGCUUUUGUUACACUAAAUCAA